AUGCAGUUCUUGAAUUUCUUCUCCUUUGUCGCCGCCGCGACAGCGGCUGUAACAGUCCGUCGUGACGCCGGAGCGGUCGAUUCCAACCUUCAUAGCAGAGCUCUGUCCUGCAACGCUUGCGUAACCACUGUGAAGGGCUCGUCUACAACAAUUUGGGGCCCUUUUCCAUUCUCGUUCGAUAACGGAGGACCGGUCACGGACACGAUCUACGAGCGCUGUACUGUUACGAUCGACCGCAAGAACGCGACAGACUGUAGCAAGUGGGCCGUGAGGGCUGGGGGUGCGUGUGGAGAUAUCACCAAGCAACAGAUUUGCUGA